UGAAAGGCACUGCAGAAGUGUCCAGGAAAGGUGUGACCUACUUGGACAGGAAGGAGGUGGGAUCCUGCUCCGGUCCUUCUGACCAUCCCUGCCCGCACCCCUGCUUAGUCCGGAUGUCUGGCUACAGUUGUGCUGCUGGUGCCUCCCAGAAAAGGGCCCCUUGGCGCCCCCACCUGGGAGCGGAUGGGAAUGCCAUGCUACGCUGCCUAUAUUUAAGUUUCACGGCAGUUCCGGUUUUGGCGUUUGCAUUUCCGGUCACGUGUUGUGCGCCUGCGCCAUCCACCUGGGUGGAUAGGGUAGCAGGAGCCCCGCCCAGACUCCAUUUCCCGGUUUCCGCCGCGGUGGCGCGGGGCGUAACGGGUGUUGUAGUUCGGCUGCUCCCCGGGCUGGUCCAGCUACAUCGACUAGCAGGAUGUCGGAGGUGCGGCUGCCACCGCUACGCGCCCUGGAUGACUUCGUUCUGGGGUCGGCGCGUCUAGCGGCCCCGGAUCCAUGCGACCCGCAGCGAUGGUGCCACCGUGUCAUCAACAACCUCCUCUACUACCAAACCAACUACCUUGUCUGCUUCGGCUUCGGUCUUGCCCUGGCUGGGUACUUGCGGCCGCUGCACACCCUCCUAAGCGCGCUGGUGGUGGCGGUGGCCCUCGGGGUGCUGGUGUGGGCGGCUGAGAGCCGCGCGGCCGUGCGCCGCUGCCGCCGCAGUCACCCCGCCGCCUGCCUGGCCGCCGUGCUCGCCGUAGGCCUCCUGGUCCUCUGGGCGGUGGGCGGCGCUGGCACCUUCCUGCUCAGCAUCGCCGGGCCAGUCCUCCUGAUCCUCGUGCACGCCUCAUUGCGCCUGCGCAACCUCAAGAACAAGAUAGAGAACAAGAUCGAGAGCAUUGGCCUCAAGCGGACACCAAUGGGGCUGCUACUGGAGGCGCUGGGACAAGAGCAGGAGGCUGGGUCCUAGGGCCUUGGGAUCGGUACCCAAGACCUGGAGGACCCCAACCCCAACCCAUAACCGGGAUUUAGAGCCUUUUCCCAGUCCUUAAGCUAGGAGCCCCUUGCCCAGGUAGAAAAGCAGGGCAUCUAUAAUGCUCCCCCCACCCCACCCCACCCCUAGGGAACUUGGGACACAGCCACUCACAUCCAGCCCUGAAGUGGGGCUUAGAGAUCCGAGUAUCCAUGGUCAAUAUCAACUUCUGGACAGAGACUUCCACAAACCUAACCAGGGACCCACUUAUCUCCCACGCUCAGUCCCAAAGCUGGGGUAUGGGACUGAGACAUUCUCAAAUCUUGAGUCUUAGAACAAGGCUUUUCCAGACCACACCCCAGCUUUGAACGCAGAACAAGGCAUUGCCAAAUCUUAACCCCAGGACCAAAGUAUUCUCAGUCCUUCUCUGGGUAGAAGCCAGGUAUCCUGAUCCUAUUGAACCCUUGGUCCCCAGUGACCCCAACACUCACCAGUCCCAUUUGCCUCCCUUCAGCUCUGCUUAGGGAUUCUGCCCCCCUCCCCAUGUACACACACAAGUUCCACAGUGGUGAGGACCGUGGGGUGGGGGUAGCCCUGACCCGGAAUGAGGCAUAUAUAUCAGUAUUGUUGCAACAAUAAAAGCUGUUACAUCGCUCAUGCCAAUUGGGUCUAUC